AACGCACAUUCUUGAAAACAACUCUAUUCACCCCCCCUCUAGAGUUCCACAUUUGUCUAACAAUUGGUAUCGGAGCAGGAAGUUCUUCGAAUACAUUAUUUUUCAGGAACUAAAAGAUCAAAUGGCAUCAAGGAUGUUCAACGCAGGAGUGACCGAGGGACAAUCAACCACGAGGCCACCUUUGUUCGAUGGAACAAACUACUCAUACUUGAAGGAGAGGAUGAGAAUCUUUAUCCAAUCCAACGACUACAAGCUGUGGUUGAUUGUGAAGAACGGCUGCGGAGUCCCGAUGAAGAAAGUCGAUGACGUCAACGUCCCCAAAACGGAAGAGGAGUUCACUAACGAAGAUUGGAAAAAGAUGGAGCACAACGCAAAGGCAAUAAACAUGAUUUAUUGCGGUGUUAAUGCGGAUGACUACCGCAAAAUCUUGCGGUGUGAAACUGCAAAACAAGUGUGGGAGAAAUUGGAGGACACCUACGAAGGAACCACGCAGGUUCGGAAGGCCAAAAUCAACCAUCUCACUCACGAGUACGAACUCUUCUCAAUGAAGGAAAACGAGAAGAUUGAGGAAAUGUUUGAGAGGUUCUCUAACAUCAUUAAUCCUCUAAAUCUUCUUGGGAAGACAUACACCGACCGAGAACUCGUGAGAAAGGUGGUUGAAGAGAGGAGCAAGAGGUCUAUUGCUCUACCCGCAACAACAUCAACCCACAACAACGUUGAUGAUGAAGAUGAUGACAGCGACGACACCGACCUCGGAUUUUUUGUCCGAAAAUUCAAGAAGAUGAUGCUCAAGAAGGGAGCCAAGAAGAACACUCCACCCAAGUGCUAUGGGUGUGGUGAAAUUGGGCACAUCAAGCCAAUGUGUCCGAAGCUCAAGAACGAGAAGGACAAGAGGGCACUAAAGAAGCAACGUGCCUACAUUUCUUGGGAGAACGACGGCUCCGGGAGUGAAGACUCGGAAACGGAGGAAGUGGCCAACUUGUGUCUCAUGGCCAUUGAGGAUGGUGAAACAUCAAAAGAGCUAAGUGCCUCAUUACCAAAGAGGAAGAAACGUGGCUAUGGCACCGUCGGAUAGCUCACGUUAAUAUGGACAAUCUUGGUUUCUAAAGACUUAGUAAUUGGUGUUCCUAAACUUAAGUUUGAGAAGAAUCUAAUUGGUGAUGCAUGUCAAAAGGGGGAAGCAAGUAAGGGCCUCGUUUAAGUCAAAGAAUGUUAUUUCUACGACUAGGCCUGACAAUCGUAGUUGUUCAGGUAGUAAACCUUCCCAAUAAAGGGUUAGUUUUCUC